AUGUUCUACUCCGACACGCUGCUGGCCAAGACGGGCCCGCUGGCUCGCGUCUGGCUGGCCUCCAACCUGGAACGAAAGCUCACCAAGCAGAAUGUACUUACAUCCAACCUCGAGAACAAUGUGCGGGACAUCAUCGGCGAGGGACAGGCUCCCAUGGCUCUCAGAUUGAGCUCGCAGUUGCUGUUGGGUGUGGUCAAGAUUUACAGCAGGAAGGCCAAGUAUUUGUUGGACGACUGCAAUGAGGCGCUGAACAAGAUUAAGAUUGCUUUCCGACCUGGAAACGUCGACCUUCCAAACAACCAGACACACGCCGCAAACCCCAACACAUUAAUCCUGCCAGACGCAGUCACCGAGCUCGACCUCUUUGCGCCACUACCCGACGCAGCAGAUCUCCUACGCGACGACUUCGACACCCGCGGACCAGGUAGAGACCCUACACUACUCGACUAUGGCGCCACGAGCCAGCUUCUGCCUGAUGAGGAUGUCACACCGCGCCGCAAGACAAGGACAAUGGAGCUUGACGACAUCGAUUUCGGUCUUGACUAUGGUCUGGAGCCAGGCGAGCAGGCAGUUCGAUCCACGCCCGCGUCUGAAGACCGCAGCAUCGAAAUGGGCCGUCGCGCGCCAACACCGCGCAGGGAUGAGCCGACAUUUCUGGAAGAUGACGAUCUUGGCCUGAACUACGGCGAUGACCCGGACACCACACUUGGCGCGGCACCAUCUGCAUUCCCAGGUGACAACGACCAGCUGAUGCUAGACGCUGAUGAUGGAUACCAAGCCAAUAAGCUUAACGACGAAGUCGCCGCCCAGAACGAAGCUGCCUUCGCUCGCGUUGAGAAGGCCGCAGAGCGCAGACAGCGAGAUAGCGACUCGCCACUCUCCGAUCUCCGCGGCAGCGUCGAACGCGAUCUCGAGCAGACUUUUCAAUUCAACCAGGAUGAAGUUGAGGACGAAACUAUGGUCCAAGCACAACAGCGCGUGAAGCGCCGAAAGGUCAUGCAGCAGGACAGCGAGACCCAACUCCACAGCAAGCAGAUCAAGCGCCAGCAAGAAGACCGCUCCGCCAUCACCAAGGCCCCCUCCUUCCUCCCGCGCGAUCCCCUGCUCCUUCAACUGAUGGAGAUGCAGCGCAACGGCAGCUUCGUCAGCAACCUCAUGGGCAACGGCCGCAUGGAAGGCUGGGCGCCCGAACUCCGCGGCAUCCUUUCUCUCGAAGUCAUCCGCAAAGCUGGCGACAAGAAGCGCAAGCGCGACAGCGGCGUGGCAGACGUCGGCGCCACCGACGACGAAGAAGCGGAAGCCAGGCAGGAAACUCCCCAGCUCGAGAUCCCAGCCGAAGACGACUUCCAAGCCCCAGCCGCCGAUGACUUCGCUCCUCUCAUGUCCGACGGCCCGCAACCGCCUCUCCACUCCGACCCCGUCCUCGCCGGCGAAGACGACGACGAGCAAUUCCUCGCUCCCUCCCCUGGCGGCCCUGCGUUCGAUACAACCGAAGCCCCGCUCCUACACCCCUCACAAACCGGCCCCGUCUCCCUCGGCACCAAGAACGCCGUCCACCUGCUCCGCGAGCAUUUCGCGCCUGAGCACCCUACCACCUCUACAGAGCCGCCUACUCCCAGCAAGCGUGUGAAGGCGGAAGCGAUGUUCACGGACUUGUGUCCGGAGGGUGUUACGGAGAGGGGUGACGCGACGAAGAUGUUCUUUGAGCUUUUGGUGUUGGGGACGAAGGAUGCUGUGAGGGUUGAGCAGGACUCGAAAGGAGGGGAGGUUGGUGGGCCUAUUCGUGUGAGGGGGAAGAGGGGACUUUGGGGCGAUUGGGCGGAACGUGGUGCGGGUGGUGAGAUUGCGCAGCAGGAGGGUGGCGAUGAGGUGGAUGUGGAGGUGUGA